CCGUUUGGACCUUGCAGGACACCGUGGGCCAAUCGGAGCGCCUGAUGGAGGGACGUGAGCGGGAGGGUGCCGGGAGGAAGUGAAGCGGCGAUUGGCUGCAGCGACGUGGCGUUGCUAGCUGCGGACAACAUGGUUGUGGCGGUUUAAGAGCCGAGUUUAAUGUGGGAAUAAUGUCAUCAAACUCUCUCUUUAUGAACUCGGGAAAGAAACGAAACACUUCUAUUAUUUAUAGCGUGGAAAAUUUGCCUUCACAAGUUCCAGUUUCAACCUUUUCGGGAUUGUCAAACCGAGGAAAAAAGAAUAUAAGUCAUGGAAGUGAAGGAUUUCCACCAAACAAACGUCACAAGGGAGAACAAGCAAAAGAUGCAAAAGCAAAUGAAGAUCUCUUUGGGGAUAAUGAAGAUUUCACUGCUGAUGACUUGGAGGAACUGGAUAUUCUAGCUUCACAAGUUAUAAUUCAAGAAACGAAGCCUGGGUCCAAUGCUCCCACAACAUCAGUGACUGAUAAGAAUAACAAAGACAUGCCAGUAGUAAAAGACUAUGCAAAUGCAAAAGAUGCCUCUUUUUCCACAAGAGCAUUAAACAGCGAAAAUAUAGCAAAGGGACUUCAUGAGAAUGGUCUCAUUCAGUGUAAAAAUGUUGAUUCAUUUGGCUUUGAAGUUCUUCAAGAACAACACAGCAAGCUGAGGGAGCAGUUUAAUGAAGUACAAGAAGAACUACAGAUAAAAAAAGGUGAGAUCAAAAUUCUGCGAGAUUGUUUACGGCGUGUGGAAUCGGAGCACGAUCAACAGAAGAGACUGCAUUUACUCAGUGAGCAGGAGAAAAGUGAAACACAAAACCAAAGAGAAAAGGACUUCUCCAAAAAGGUGCAGUCAUUGCAAUCUGAACUGCAAUUUAAAGAUGCAGAGAUGAAUGAGCUGCGUACAAAACUCAAAAGCUGUGAAAGAACCGCCAAGUCUCCAAUCAUGUGUGUUGCUAAAGUCAGCCCCAGGGAACAUUUGUCUGGAUCCAAUGCUUCUCAAACUGGAAAAAAAUAUUUUCCUGAUAAAAAGUCGUUUGCUGCAGAGAUGUCCCCUGUGCAUUCAGUUUUAUCUGCUUCAACAACUAACCAACUUGCACUUGAUAAAGAGACAAGAGAUUUGAAAGAAUUCCACAUUGCCAAGAAGGAAAUGUCCCAAAAAAGUUCUUGUCUUAAUUCCAUCCAGGGAAAAAUAUUUCGCAACAGGCAUUCUGAAGGUUCUGCUGGCCCACAUUCCAUUUGCACUGGUGCAGGAAAGCAAGCAGCCUGGUCCAAAGCUGAUCUUUUAAAGGCAUCCAGAAGAUGCAGAGGACGGGUUGAAGGUGCUGUACUGAUGACUAUGCUGCUCAGCCAACCAGUUGGUCCUCAGAAUUUGGGUUUGAGCCAUCUCCUCCACUGCAGUUCGGAGGCUUUCACUGAAAUGGUCCAACACCAUAGUUUCUGCAGCAGCACUGACUCUUCUUCAACUGAGAAAUCUUCUGAAGAAAGGAUAAAAGAAAUGUAUUCUAAUCUACAUAAGCAUCAACAGUUAGCAUUGUAUGGCAUUAACCUGCUCAUCUUGGACCAGGAAUUAUCAAGAAAAAAGUUGGACAUCACAGACAUUUCUCGUGAGUUAAGAAAACACAAUGACUUGCCUGGUGCAAUUCAUCUAUUACCGCUAAUAGAAUAUUACCUUGAUAUUUACUGUCAAUCUUUGCAAACUGAAAAGGGAGAAAGAAGUCCUUCUAGAAACAGAAAUUGCUGUUCAUCCAACUCUGGGGAGCUCACUGCCUCAAAUGUGGAUGAUUGUUUACAUAAUUUGGAAGACUUUGCACUUACUGCACUUGGAGUUCUAUAUCAUCUUGUUUCACAUAGUCAAACAGUUGGAAAUUCCUUGUUGGCCCAUACCUCCAGUCAGAGCACUGAAGGUGGCACAUGCUCAGCUGCACAAGUACAUAACAAAAGCACACCACCGGUCGAACAUGGCAAAGAAGAAGCUGGAUCAUCCAGGCUCCAAAAGGACCAAGUAAAGCUGCAGGAAUCAGCUGACUCAGAACAAUCUCCGACUCACUUGUUUAAUAAGUUGCUCCAGCUUUCCGACACAGUGACUAUAAACAUCUCUCAUCGAAGAGAGAGUGUUCAGGACCAAAGCUUGAGAGUUUUGGGUAAGGUUGCUGAAAGUGCAAGUGCUGCGCUCCUGCACAGGUUUCAUCAUUUACUAAGCAGCCAAGUGCUAUUGCGAUGCCUUUCUCCAGAUUCAUCAUGUUCCAUCGUUCUACUUGUUGUCCAGCUCCUGGCAAAUCUUGCAGAUCACGUGGAAUUGGCUUCAAAGUUUUGCUCCCAGUCAGCAGCAUGCCUGUUUCUUAAUCUGUACACAUAUGCUUCCUCCAGACCUGACACCUCUGCUGGAGAUGGGCUCUGGCUCCAGCUUGAACAAGAGAUUGUACGAUUCAUCACCAAAUUUGGUUUGUCCCAUUCUGGUGCAAGUGCCGUGUUAGUAGAAUCGGACUGUCUGUGCAAUACUGAGAUCUUGAAGACUUUAAUAGUUAUGUUACACCGGCAAUGGCUUACCAUUCGACUAUCCACACAGAAUCUCUCUUCACUGGGUAAUCAAGCUGUGGUGCAGUUCCUACGAGAAACUGUUCUGCUGUUGCACUGCCUUUCACAGAGGGACAAGAAUUUUACAGACCAUUGUUUUGUUGUACUGCACUUAUACGAUCAAGUUAUGCAUGGAAUUAAAGCCAUUUUUAAAAAUCUAGCAGAUCUAGAAGAAAAUGAAGAAAUUGCAUUGGAAGAGCUGUGUUCUCCUGAGCCUGAAGCUGAGUAUCGGGGAUUAGAAACGGACGGACCUUAGAGCACCAUGGACAUGAAUGGAAAAUAAACCUUCAGUAAAGCACAGAUAAUUGCGCACUUCAGUGCAUUCAGUUGUCUCACGGUAUAACUGAGUUGAUCUUUCGCAAAGUUAAUAUCACAGCUCGUCACAGAAAUCAUAAUGAACUGCUUUUAAAGUGUAGUUUGGAUGGUUUUGUUGAUGCAACGGACACAGCUGUAUAUGCCUUUUUCACUGAUUCAAGUGAGAAAGGAAAAACUUUCUGGUUAAUAACAUAUCUGUCACACCGAUCACUGUCAAAACUGUCAUUCAAAUGUCAUAUUUUACUUUCUAAAUUGCCGAUAUCCAAUAUUUUUUAUAUGCUGACCCUGCAGUAGGGUUUGGUAGUUUGUUAACACUGGACUCUAAGUGCAUCAAGAAAAUUAAAUUACAAAUGAUGUAAUUGUCAAGUGGUUUAUUUUUUUCUGGUAAACAACAGAACCUCAGCUCCAUAUUUGUUGUAUAUGCAUUUAAAAAAUGUAUUUAAAAAUGUGCGUUGUUAUGCUUUGUGCUUGAGUGAUUUAUCAAGGAAACUGAGGCGUUGAAAGCUUUAUGUCUUGAUUCCUUGAUAAUGUUGUGCCAACUGACUUCACAAUCUUGCAGGCAGCAUAGACCAAAACUGGACAUUUCUCAAAUUGCUCAGAAGGUCUGGCAGCAUCUAAAAAGGAAGGGAAAAUAUUGUUUCAGAAUCAACCUUUUUUUCAACGGUGCAAGUGCUUCCAGCAUUUUCCAUUUCUGUUUUAGACCUGUCAGCAUUUCUUUUUGUUUAAAGUAUUUGACAGGUGAUGGUUUUGUCAGCUGAUAGCUCAGGUAACAGUUUAAAAAUGAUUUAAGGAGAAGUACCAUUGAUUGAUUAUUCGUACUUGAAGAAUAAAAAAAGCAUAAUUUUCAAAAGGAAUACACUGUCUGAUCAGUGAAUUAAUUUGUCCUGUGCCAGUCGAAUGUGGGGAUCACUGUAUCAUCUGAUAUGUAAAAUAUUUUCCUAACGUCUUUACAACUUAGUUUACAAUAAAUGUAAAAUUAUAAACCA